GCUCUUGCUUGCUUGCUUGCUGCUUCUCGCCUCAUCUGCCGUGACAUGUAGGAUAGUUGGGACACAUCGAACCUCGUUUAACAGAUCCUAUCCGUAUCUUCUUUUAUUUCCCCUUCUUCUCCUUCCGUCGUCGUCAUCCUUGUCUCUCACACACUCUUCCUCUCUCUACUCUCUCUCUCUCUCUCUCUCUCUCUCUCUCUCUCUUUCUUUCUCGCGCACACACACACACACAGACACUACGCACACGCACACGCACACGCAGUCAUCUCUCACACCCUCUCCUCUCCACCCUCUGCUUUGGCUUCCCACAUCCUCGUCUAUUGGCUCCCCCAAGCUCGUCGGCUCGUCUCCUCCUGCCCGUAACUUUACCUUUCGCCGAGCCAUCUGCUGCCCGGCUCUCUCCAAGGCAAAGCGCUCACUCCGACCGAGCCUCUCCAUUGGUGCACCCCUGCCCGCCCGUCCGCCAGGCACAUGUGAACAGCUUUGAGUUCAACAACACGGUGCACGCGGGUCAACAGAUUUCCAACCUAGAAUCAGCCCAACGCAGCGUAGUGACCCGUCGGGGGAAAGUAACGUGACACUGGAGUCCUCAAUUACUUCACAGGCAGCGGCACGCAACGUGCCCUCGCCUCCCUCCGUCAUUCCCAUGAAAAGAUCGCUUGCGAGCGCCCUCCAGACUACCACUUCGACCGCUGCAAGCUCCUCCUCCACCGCCUUCUUUAGCCCCGCUACGACAGCUGUCACUGCAGCUGUCUCUGCCUCUUCCACAGCUGCCUCUGUUUCUGCACCCACAAGACCCAUCGCAAACACCGCCAGCGCUUUACAGUACAAGAAAGCACGGGUGCGCUACAGGCCGGACAUCAUGGCAAAUUUGUCCAUUCAUUCUAAGCGGCACAAGGUCACCGUCGUGGGAUCUGGCAAUUGGGGCUCAACCAUCGCAAAGGUCGUUGCCGAGAAUGUGCGUGCGAACCCCAGCCUCUUCGAGGACCAGGUGCAGAUGUGGGUGUUCGAGGAGCAGGUCAGCGUGCCCAAGACGUCCAAGCAUUACCGACCUGAGGACGGGGACAAGAAGGAGAAGCUCUCGGAAUUGAUCAACAGGUUGCACGAGAACGUCAAGUACCUGCCCGGAAUCACUCUGCCGGAUAACGUUGUGGCGAAUCCGUCGCUGGAGGAUGCCGUCAAGGACUCGACCAUUCUGAUCUUCAACCUUCCGCACCAGUUCAUACGGCGCGUGUGCAAAGAGCUGCAAGGCAAAAUUGUCCCCUAUGCCAGGGGCAUCUCGUGCAUCAAGGGCGUCGAGGUGUCAGAGAACGGCAUCACGCUGCUCUCUGAGUUGAUUGGCAAAUCUCUAGGCAUCUACUGUGGUGCUCUUUCCGGGGCCAACAUUGCUUCCGAAAUUGCGGCAGGCAAAUACUCGGAGACCACGGUCGCGUAUGAUCCGCCCUCGAUCGACUCACGGCACCCAACGCCAAGUCACACGCCAGGGACGUCUCCCAACGCUUCUUCGGUCGACCUGCGCAUCACGCCCGCGAACAGCGCCGACAACAAAGACAAGUCGUCCAAGAAGGAGGGCAAGGUCGCCCUCCAGCCGCUGCCCCCAGACUAUCCGCCACUCAGCCAUCUGAACAUCAAGAAGCUUUUCCAUCGCAAUUACUUCCACGUACGCCUCGUUUCCGACGUGGCGGGCGUCUCCCUUGGUGGCGCGCUCAAGAAUGUGGUCGCAUUAGCCGCCGGUUGGGUGGACGGCAUGGGAUGGGGCGACAACGCUAAGGCUGCCGUGAUGCGGGUCGGCAUUCUGGAAGAGGUCAAGUUCGGCAGGAUGUUUUUCGCUGACACGUGCAAAACCGAGACUUUCACCGAGGAGUCGGCCGGCAUGGCAGACGUGGUCACGAGUUGCAUGGGUGGACGCAACUUCCGUUGCGCGAAGCUGAGCAUCGAGAAGGGGCUACCGAUCGAUCGGAUCGAAGAGAUGGAGCUGAACGGGCAGAAGCUGCAAGGGACAAGCACGGCGUACGAGGUGAACAGCUUCUUGAAGAGUCAGGGCAAGGAAGAUGAGUUCCCGCUGUUCACGGCGGUGUACAACAUCCUCGAGGGCAAGAUCAAACCGGAGCAAUUGCCGGAUCUCAUCGAACCCAAGAUCGUGGAAUAAUCCGCAACACAAUGGACAGAUCGACGGAGGCCAGCCACGUUGGAGGCAAGUAGGGCUUGGCUGUGCUACGAUCAUACACUGCUAGCAUUGAUAAUGAAGUGAGAGGUGGCGGAAGGGAGUUUUCCUCGAGGGCUUCGCAGACAACAACGUAGAGUGCAAGCCAAGGCGUAUUAAUGACCAGGAGACACGUUCGGGUGGUUUGCAUCAACACGAUUCCCCACGCAUUGUUAUUUCAUCUGGGCGGCACGGCGCGGGAUCAAAGAAGCUGUCGGCAUGGAUGGGCUGCCAAAUCAAGUCUCGUUUCUGAACUAACCAUGUGGUAUGCCCUUGAGAUUCUAAGCUUAUACAUAUAUAUUCGAUGUAUGUAUAUACUGCUUGUCCGCAUCCUUGUUCGUGGUCGCAUAGAAUAGAUUUAGGCAGCAAACCAUUCAAUCGGAGAAUUUUGCAUCA